AUGUCCAGCAGUUCGUCUGUCCAUUUUGAAGAAAGCAGCGACGACGGAAGGUUUAUUCGAGUACACCCCCUCCUUCAGGCAGAUGAGAAUGAGCCAGAGAAAGUGACGCUUACUGGGUUUCUGGAUGACCUCAAAGACGCACUUGCCGACCAAGACAUGCUAGCUCUUAUGGCCGUGGAGAGGGACAACAUAUCAACGAAGAGCGCAAACGUUCACGUUAAAGGAGUCACAUCCUUCGAGCAGGCAGCAGCAGACCGAGUCCUUGUCCAACGGCAAGUAUUCAACGACGUCUUGAAGUGGAAACCUCUUUCAGCAGCGCAAACACGUGCAGAUGUUGUCCUUAACUUUGCAGAGGACGGCAUAUCGGUACAGCCAUCUUUUGAGCCAAUCAAGCAACCAAAGCGCAAGGACUACGAAAAGAAACUCAGCAAGGAUAGUAGCAACAUAGCCAAAGAGCUCUGUGGAGAUAGCGUUGAUGCCACCCUCAAAUUGGCUGGCCUUGUGCCUCUUGACGAGAGUGAUAGUGAGAACAUAAAGUCGAAAUUAGCCCAAGAACAAGAUUCCCUGGAUAUAAUGACCCAGCAACAAGAGGCCCACCGAUCCACUGCAGAGAUUGCUCGUCUUCGGUCGCUGCUCUACUACAAUGAACAAAAGUUAAAGGCCUGGGCGAAGAUUAAGUCCAAGAAGUUUCGUAAAGUGCACAACAGAGAUAAACGAUUAGCGCGACUUGAAAAGCGGCAGGAAGAGUGGAAGGAAAAGCAUCGCUCAGCGGUGAUGGAGCAGGCAGAGGACUUUCUAGAUUCGCAAUACAAGCUCACAAAUGCUUCACUUGACACUUUCCAGCAGCAGACACGCAGAAAUACUAAGGCAGACGAUGAGUUUGAGACCCAUAAGGUAGACGUCGACGAUGUGCCCGAGUACGGCGAGGCCCCCAUCGAUAGAAAUGCAAAGGGUGUAAUGAGACUUGCAUUCAUGACCAGGGCGCUACAGGAACAAAGGGAUGCACGAGAUGCUAUUGCCAAUGUCAGAGACAGUGAUUGGGAUAGCGCUGGUGACUCUGACGAAGAUGGUGGUGUCGUCAAAUCUGAAUCACAACCCCGGAUUCCACGCCCUAAUACAACUGAAAAUCAGGUCCUGAAGGCCCAUAUUGAUAUGAAGGAAGAUGACCAGCAACUGGAGCCAGAGCUUGUUGGCGAAAGAGAUAUUAUUCGCAAAGCUCAGCUAGCCAAGGUAAAGGAAGCAAAGACCAAGGGAAAGAUAAUCAUUAAGGGGUGUAACGUAGCAAAUAGAUCGGCUACUGUCAUUGACAACCCGUUUCUUAAGCGUUUCAGCUCAUCAAUUUCAGCCUCCUUGGCGACAUCAAACGAAAUACAUAUCAGCGACCUGCCAGCCAUAGCUAAUGAGAACGUCCUGCCAAAUGUCCCUCGUCCAGGUAAUGUUGCGGCCUCUGCACUCACAGCAGAUGUAGACCCAGAGCUGGAGUUUGCAGCUCAGAAAUACAGCCUUGCCCUCCAGGAAUCCCAGCCGGUUGCUCCAGAAAAGGAGCUGAUGGGAUGGGGAACCUGGUUUGGAGAAGGCAUGUCUACCUACGACAAGGAAAAGCUUACGUUUAGACAGGAAGCGCGGCGCGCAGCUGUCACUGCAGAACUAAAUAGAAGGAUGGGCAGACGGAGAGACAUUAGGGUUGCGAAUGUCUCUAUUAGCGAGGCGUCCAACCCUGCCAUUGUAGAGCUAUAUGCCGCACACGGGAUCCAAGGGAUAACUGACGAUGAAUACGCAACAUACCUAUCAACCGCCGUAGGCCCAGAGUGGCAAUCGAUGACAGGAUAUCGCGGAAGCAUACAAGCAGGGCGCCGGGUGGAGAAGGGACGCAUGAUUUUGCCCGCACAGCUUCCACAAGACUACCAAAAGAAGAUGGACGCGAGCCUAGAGAAGGAGCAAAAGUUACGGAAGCAGCUGGAGGCACAAAUGCAGCUAAUUCACAAAACAAAGCUAACCCAGCAGAGACGCAGCCUCAAACUAUAA